AUUUAUCUCCCAAUCCACUGCUAAAGCAAUGCGUUUCGUACAGUACCGUUCGGUAGCUACCGGAGACAAGCAGCGGCUCGGUGUGUUAUCGGAAGAUGGUACGCAGGUGUCGGACAUUUCCGACCGAUAUGAAGGUGACCUGAUAACGCUCAUCCGUUCGGGUGUUUCGCUUGAUGAGGUGAAAACGGUCGUCUCGAAGGCAAGCCCGGUGAAGGUGGACAGCGUCGAGCUGCUAGCGCCGGUCACAAAUCCACAGAAGAUUUUGUGCGUCGGUCUCAACUAUAGCGGCCACUGCGAGGAGCAGAACAAACCGAUACCGAAGGAGCCGAUGUUCUUUAGCAAAUAUGCGACAACCAUCGUUGGUCCGUAUGACAACGUUAUCGCUCACCGCAUAUCGGACCAAAUCGAUUGGGAGGUAGAGUUGGCGGUCAUCAUCGGCAAGCAGGCCAAAAGUGUUACCAAAGCGAACGCGAUGGAUUAUGUGUUCGGGUAUACCGUUGCGCAGGACAUCUCGGCACGUGAUUGGCAGAAGCUGCGCAAUGGUGGACAGUUUCUGAUCGGCAAGUCGAUGGAUACCUUCUGUCCGCUUGGACCGGCCGCUGUGCACAAGUCGCUGGUGCCGGAUCCGCACCAGCUGUCGAUCAAGUGCAGUGUGAAUGGGGUGGAAAAGCAGAACGGUAGCACGAGCGAGCUGAUUUUCCGCAUUGACGAUAUCAUCGAGCGAGUGACACAGUCCAUUACACUUCUGCCGGGCGACGUUAUACUGACGGGAACUCCGGCCGGUGUCGGUAUGCAUCGUAAGCCGGCCGAAUUUCUGCAACCGGGCGAUGUGAUCGACAGCGAGAUUGAGGGACUGGGAAAAAUCAAGAACAAGGUCAUUGCUGACUCCUAAACCGACGUCAG